UAAGUGGACUUGAAAGCUAGGGUCAAGAUGGUAAGUGACUUGGCUGAGGAGUCUGUUCCAGGGCUAUAAAUGUGGCAUGUCUGGUCAGUGGAGCAGCAUCGUCGUCGUGGAAGCCCCGCCUGGGAAAGUACAAGAUGGCAUCCCACGUCCCUCUAGUCGUUCUUACUUGUUGCCUCUACGUCGCCGCCUCUUUAGCUGGGCUGGUCAAUAGGACAGAGUAUGGCUAUCAGUACGGAGAUGACAACGGCUAUCAAGACAAACAAGACUACGGAUGGGAAGACAGGCAAAAGAAAGAUUACGGCUACGUAGAACCAAGCUACAACAGUUGGAACGAUAAACAGCCUGAGAAUUACGGCUGGGAAGACAAGCAGAAGUAUUACGAAUGGGAACCAAAGUACGACAGCUGGCAAGAUAAACAGCUGAAGAGCUACGGCUGGGAAAACAAGCAAGAGAAAAAUUACGGCUGGGAAAACAAACAGAAUUACGGCUGGGAAGACAAAAAGAACUACGGCUGGGAAGACAAACAACCCAAAAAUUACGGAUGGCAAGACAAACAGAAUUACGGCUGGGAAGACAAACAAUAUAAGAAUUAUGGAUGGGAAAAUAAACAAAAUUACGGCUGGGAAGACAAACAAAAUUACGGCUGGGAAGACAAACAAAAUUACGGCUGGGAAGACAAACAACCCAAAAAUUACGGCUGGGAAGACAAACAGAAUUACGGCUGGGAAGAUAAGCAAAGCAAGUCUAGUGGCUAUGUAAACUGGGAAGAUAGACAGAGGCAGUACAAAGGCUGGGAGGAUGCUGAGUACAAGCAACCAAAAUACAACGGCGGGUACUACAGCCAAUAUAAACCAGAAUACAAACCAGAGUACAAACCAGAGUACAAACCAGAAUACAAACCAGAGUACAAACCAGAGUACAAACCAGAGUACAAACCAGAGUACAAACCAGAAUACGGCUUGGACGUUGAUGACUACCUUCCAUCCUUUGAGAAUCUCUGGAGCGGCUGGGGUGAUAAUAACCUUCUAGAAACCUACGGUCCUAGUGAUUACGAGAAAGAGUCCCAAGUGACGGUGUUCCUUCAAAUUCUGAAAUACUUGAGCCUGAAGAAAGAAGAAGACACAAGCUCAUUCCUGGAGAUUUUUAAAUCCUUCACAAAAGUCGCUUGGAAGAAGGAGUCCUACUAUGGCAACGAUCGUGAGGUGUACGCACAGAGCAACGUGGCCCAGUACAACAGUUACGUUAACUCUGAGAAGGACUGGCUGAGCCUGUGCGAUGGUGACGACCUGGACAGCGAGUUCCGCUACAAGAAGCUCUUCCUACUGUACCUCAAGUUCAGAUCCCACUACCAGGACCAGAAGAAGAUCGUUGCCUUGACUGCCACCAAAGCUGAGGUUAAAGUGAGACAACAUUACAGUUUGUACUCCGACCUCAUUGUCUUUGCCAAAUACAUUCAAUACGAGAAGACCGCGUUGACAAGAUUUGUUCCAUUUAUAGAUUCCAGAUUCAAGCAACCUUACGGUCUCUUCAAGCAGUGCGCUCUGUACGGCACCUGCAACAAAUGGGUAGACUUUGACUCCUAUGGCAAUUUCGGCUUUGACUUUAACCCAAGAAGUAUUGGCGGCUACGAAGAUUACGAGAGAGAUGGCAGACAUUUGGCGCUCUUUUUGAGAAUCCACAACUUCCCUCAGCUCUACUCUCAGCUGGGCUACGACAACAGCUACGACGACGUCUUCCAGAACCUGGGCUGGGACUACGACAGCUACGAUGGUGAUCAAGACGACGAGUAUAGGGACAGGCAUCCAUUCAUCGCCUACCUCGGCAACCUCCGCAAACAUCUGACUGACCACAAGCCCGCCGAGUUCAAACAGUUCUUUGAAGAUGCUGAUGAGAACGAGGCUAAAGAGAAAUCCUCUUAUUUCGCACUCAGAGGUUUCAACCAUUUCCUGUACGAGAAGUCCCUGUGUGACAAGAGAAGUCAGCUCCAGAGGGCGUUUGUCGUAUUCUCCAAAUUCGUCCAGUACCACGAAGACAUCGAUAAAUGCAAGCAAGAGUUUCUCAGUUUCAAGCAAUGGCACCAGGUCAAGGAUAACCAACAGAGGCUCCAGGGAUUCUUGGAAUUUCUGAGCAGCGUGUCCCAGAUCAGAGGUUACAAGAGAAGCAGUUUCUACAAUGGCAAGGGAGUCUACGGAAAACAAAACGAGAACUCGUCUUCCUACUACAACUACAACAAUUACAUUGCUCAAAGAAAUUAUCAGAAGACACCCGCACGUAGCUACUACUACCCAAAUAAUCCUUUCAACCCAUUUUACGGAAAGCAAACCCCCGUCCGUGACUACUUUGGAAAAGUUUUUCCCAAGCAAAGAUAUGAUGACAGAUAUAGAUACUAGACAGAAUCACUACAUAACACAGUUGGCGAUUAGAGACGAGUUUCUGUUGUCGAAAUGAAUACAUUUCGAUUCCAAUGUAACACUGAAUGUUAGACUUUGUCACAGUAGAAUAAAAAAAAUAAUUACAAUA